AGUACUACACUUAUUUCAUGAAUGUAUCUGAUGAGGCAGUAGACACAGAUAAUUUUGCAUUUGCAACAUACAUGGUGUACUUCCCACUGGUCAUAAUUAUGUUGCUCUUGAACUCUUUUGCUGAUGCUACACCAAAAUAUAUUAACUUCCCAAGGGGAGAGAAACCAUGCCCAGAGACAGAAGCUUCAUUUUUAAGCAGAAUCACAUUUUCUUGGCUUGAUAAGAUGAUAUGGAGAGGCUACAGACAACCUGUAGAGCAGUCACAGCUAUGGGACCUGUCUUAUGAAAAUUCCUCAUAUAGGAUUGUGAGAAAAUGGGACAAGAACUGGAGGAAAACAACUGCCAAGGCUUACAAAAAGGGGGAAUCUCACACGUCUGCAAAAUACACGAAUGCCUCGGCCCACGUGGAAAUCUCCGGGACUGCGGGGAACAAGGAGCACUACCUUUCCAUUUUGCCAACAAUAGUGCGCACAUUUGGGCCAACAUUCUUUUUUGGAGCUGUCUUCAAACUCUUCCAUGAUAUCCUACAAUUUAUCAGCCCACAAAUACUAAGUGCCUUAAUCAGUUACAUUGAGAGUGAUAAAGAAGGAGAAAGUGAACCAGUUUGGCGAGGAUACUUUUAUGCUUGCUUAAUGCUCAUCUGUGCACAAGUGCAGUCUUUCUUGCUGGCUCAGUACUUCAUGAAGAUGUUCAUUGUGGGCCUCCAGAUUCGCACUGGAGUCAUCUCUGCUGUAUAUCGCAAGGCCCUAAAGAUCUCCUCUUCAGCAAGAAAAGAAUCUACUGUUGGAGAAAUAGUGAAUCUAAUGUCUGUAGAUGCACAGCGUUUCAUGGAUCUCACCACCUAUGUGAACAUGCUUUGGUCUGCUCCAAUGCAAAUUGCUCUUGCUCUCUACUUUCUCUGGGAUCUCUUAGGACCAUCGGUUCUGUCAGGAUUGGCGGUUAUGAUCAUUUUGAUCCCAGUGAAUGGGUUUAUGGCCAACCGAACAAAACAACUCCAGAUCAAACAAAUGAAGAACAAAGACCAGCGUGUAAAACUUAUGAAUGAAAUCUUGAAUGGAAUUAAAGUUCUCAAAUUGUAUGCAUGGGAACCCUCAUUUGAAGACCAAGUUCUAGCAGUGCGAGGUAAAGAGAUUAAGAUUUUGAAGCAGACAGCCUACCUUACAGCUGGAACCUCCUUCAUUUGGGCCUGCACGCCAUUCUUGGUGUCCUUGGCCACUUUUGCAACAUAUGUUAGUUUAUCUCCAGAGAAUAUAUUGGAUGCAAAGAAGGCUUUUGUUUCCCUCACUCUCUUCAACCUGCUACGUUUUCCUAUCUCCAUGUUGCCUAUGCUUAUAUCAAGCUUAGUACAGGUAAAAUAUAUGGGCUUCCCAGUUGUGAUGGAGAAUGGAACUUUUGCUUGGGGCCAUGGUGAAGAAGACAGAGAGCCUGUGUUGAAAGGCAUCAACUUACGUGUCACAGAAGGAUCUCUGGUAGCAGUUGUUGGUACUGUCGGAGCAGGAAAGUCCUCACUCCUGUCUGCCAUCUUGGGGGAGAUGGACAAACAAUCUGGCAGGAUAAAUAUUAAGGGCCAAAUUGCAUAUGCCUCUCAGCAAGCCUGGAUACAGAAUGCAACUCUAGAGGCAAACAUAACUUUUGGGCAAAGUCAUGAACCCACUUGGUACACCUCCUGUGUUGAAGGUUGUGCUCUACGGCCUGAUUUUGACAUACUUCCUGGCGGAGACCAAACAGAGAUUGGGGAAAAGGGGAUUAAUCUGAGUGGAGGUCAGAAGCAACGUGUUAGUCUUGCACGAGCUGUUUAUGCAGAUGCGGAUAUUUAUCUUCUUGAUGAUCCGUUGAGUGCUGUGGAUUCCCAUGUUGGUAGACAUAUUUUUGAGAAUGUCAUUGGGCCACAGGGUUUGCUUAAGAAAAAGACACGUAUUUUAGUGACUCAUGGGUUGACCUACCUACCAAUGGUCGACAAUAUUAUUGUUUUGAAGAAUGGCGUUGUAACUGAGCAAGGAACCUACAAGCAGCUGAUGGAGAGAAAGGGAGAAUUUCAAGAAUUUCUCUUGCAAUAUCUGUCAGAGGCAGAGGACGAAGAAGAUUCUCUAGAAGCUCUACAAGCAGAUAAAGGUCUAGAGGACAUUAAACAUCAGUUGGAGAGUUCUCUAGGUCGGGAAGCAGUUGAGCGACAGAUACGACACAAAAGAGAGAGCGAGAGUGAAAGCAUUUCAGAAGAAAUGAACAAAGAUAACAGAACUGGCAUUGUGCGUCGACGGGGUAGCAAGAGGAUUAGUGAGUCUGAAAAGGGGAAAUUGGCAGGUGAUACAGUUGCUGCCAAAGAUAAGAAGAUUGGUGAAAAGUUAAUAGAAACGGAAAAGGCAGAAACAGGAAAGGUUCAGAUGUCAGUUUACAAGUACUAUAUCAAAGCUGUUGGCAUUAUCCCCGCCCUACUUACGAUAUUAUGUUAUUCUGCUGCCAAUGGCUGCGCGGUUGGAUCCAGUAUCUGGCUAUCCAGGUGGGCUGAGGAACCUCUUGAGCCUGAUGGUUCACUUGACACACAGAGAAGGGACAUGUACCUUGGUGUUUAUGGUGCACUCGGCAUAGGUCAAGGUAUUUCCGUUAUUGUAACAGAGGUCAUUUAUUAUCGAGGAAUGAUCGAAGGUGCAAAGAAACUUCAGGAGAUGUUGUUAAGGAAUAUUUUGCGAGUUCCUCAAACUUUCUUUGACACGAAUCCUCUAGGGCGAAUCCUUAAUCGUUUCUCUAAGGAUUUUGAUGCUGUUGAUGUCCAGCUUCCUGAGAUACUCCUUGACUUUCUGUAUUGCAUCUUCGAAGUAAGUGGAAGGAGAGAAUCAGACACAUCAUAUCGAACUUACCUCCGACCACACAUGCCCAGAGGAGCCUGGUCUGGUCGACUAAUGCCGAUCGCUCACAUGUUAGCUGGUGCUGACUCUGCUGAACUUAUCCUUACCCGCCGUGUGUGCUGGCUUCUAUGCGUCCAUGCAUAUAAAACCCCUAAUAGAGAAAUUACUGAUCUGAAUGGAGAAUUACAUGUGAUGCUUAUAAGAAAGAUUGCAUCUGGAGUGAAGAAAUUCAUAACUGAUCUGAAGGGAGAAUUAGAUGUGAUGCUCAUCAUCAUGUUCUUUAGAUUGGGAUGGAAACAACAAAGGACUGGUUUAUGGGAUUCAUGGAGCGACAACUCACUCUCAGUCUCAGAUGUCAGACCUAUGCCUAAAGCACUAGCCAGACCACUUGAGCUUACACUAGAAGGAUGGUCAAAGGGUUCAAGUGUUCAGAAUGUGGCAGAGGUUUUAGAUGUUCAUAAGGAUAAUGAAGGGGUUGUAGAUGGUGGCAAAGUCAAUGGUGUUCUACAACCCCGUGUGACACCAGCAACUAAGAAGCUUGCUGUUCUCACAAUAAAAUAUUUUUACAUUAGUAGUAUGAUAUAUUGCCCCUCUACCCAACCUCUUACAGCCAUUUCAGUCAUAAUAGCAGAGGUCAUGUCUUUGCUUGCUAUGGCAUUGGGUGCAAAGAAGAUCCACCAGAUGCUGCUGCACAACAUAUUGCGAGUUUCUCAAAUGUUCUUUGAUAUAAAUCCCCACGGUCGAAUCCUGAAUCGUUUCUCGCAAGAUCUAAAGGCUGUAGAUGAUGGUCUUCCUGAUAUGCUACUCACUCUCAUCAAUUGUAUGAUACAUGUACUUUAUGUGGCAACAUCUAGACAGCUGAAGCGUAUUGAAUCAGUUUCUCGGUCCCCCAUCUACUCCCAUUUCCAGGAGAGCAUACAAGGCGCUUCAACCAUUAGAGCUUAUGGGAAGUGCGAGGAGUUCAUUUCUGAAUCAGAAAAGAGAGUGGACUUCAACCAGAUCUCUUAUUACCCAAGUGUCAUGGUCAAUCGGUGGCUGGCUGUUCGACUGGAGUUCAUUGGAAACAUUAUGACCUUUUCUGCUGCCUUGUUUGCAGUGAUGAGCAGAGGUAGCAUCAGCGGAGGAAUAGUUGGCCUAUCGGUCAGCUAUGCUUUGUCGGUGACACAAGCUCUUAACUGGCUUGUUCGAAUGAUGUCAGAUGUUGAAACAAACAUUGUGGCAGUUGAGCGCAUUAAGGAAUAUACUGAAACAGAGCAAGAGGCUCCUUGGGAAAUCCAAGGCAAUAAGCCUCACAAGGUAUCAUUUGAUAUUUUUAAUAUUGCUUCUGUAUUUUCUGCUGGCUUAGACCUUGGACUAGAGAUGAAACCGAAGGGCUCCAUGGAGAUUGGCAUUGUGGGUAGGACAGGUGCAGGGAAAUCUUCAAUGACCCUUGCACUGUUCCGCAUUAUUGAAGCAGCCUCGGGUCAUAUAAGUAUUGAUAAAGUGAACAUCUCCAAGAUCGGGCUACAUGAUCUUCGUGAACGACUAACUAUAAUUCCACAGGACCCAGUAUUGUUUAGUGGUAAACUGCGUAUGAACUUGGAUCCCUUCCAUAAAUAUGAUGAUGCGAAAAUAUGGUCAGCUUUGGAGCAUGCACAUCUGAAGGAGUUUGUGUCAGGUCUCACAUCUGGUCUGCAGUAUGAAGUAGCUGAGGGAGGAGAAAAUUUGAGCGUUGGCCAGAGACAGCUUGUUUGUUUAGCCCGAGCCCUCCUUCGCAAAACUCGUGUCUUGGUCCUGGAUGAAGCCACUGCCGCAGUGGACUUGGAGACUGACGACCUCAUUCAGCAAACAAUACGGAAGGAAUUUUCAGACUGUACAAUAAUAACUAUAGCUCACAGACUUAACACAAUCAUGGAUUCCUCAAGAGUUAUUGUUCUAGACAAGGGUGAAAUAAAAGAAUUUGAUACUCCAACAAUACUUUUAAAGAAUAAGAAUUCCCUCUUCUAUGGUAUGGCAAAGGAUGCUGGCCUUGUAUAAGUUAAAAUGGCAGUGGUAGAAAUGUUACUAAGAAUUAUAGGGGAGAUGUCUAAGAAGUGGUUCUGUGGUAAAGCAUACAGAAUUCUUUUUCUCCUCCAGUAUGUAGUUUGUGUGUCUUACAAUUGAUUUAUUUUAGUACAUUUUCUUGUACUCAUUUUCUACAUUUUCAUAGUAAAAAUGAAAGGGGAAAAUGCAGCUUAUUUUUAUCAUGUCCUCAAUAAUGUGCCGUUGGUUGUAUUAAGCCCUUCCACAUGUGCUCUUAUAGAGCUAAGGAAAUACAUGGGAAAGCAGGUCACAUCAGUGCCAGUGCCAAGAGUUCAUCCAUUUAGGUUUGACCUCAGUUGAUAUCACUCAGUUGCUUUUGUCUUUUUCUUGUUAGUGUCUAUGUUGUCUUUCUUUUGUAUUUUACAGAGUGGAUUUGAAUAUAACUUACCUUAGUGAGGUGUAGGUAAAAUUAUAUAUUUCUUUUUUCUAUAUCUCCUUAAUAGACAUCAGACUGGGUAAAGCUGAUAUACAUUCAUUAAGGUUUUUGAA